CCGCCCUUAGGCGUCAUGACCUAAAACGCAAUAUGACAGUACGUCGGUCGACGUUCACAUUUUUAUUUACGUAAAAUCAGUACGUCAUACGACGGUCGAUUUUUCAUACUAUCAUAAGGCACGGCAUGUCAAACUGUCACCAAAGGUACAAAUAAGAUCGUCGUACUCGCACAAUACAUCAUGAUAAGCUCACUCAAAGAAAGUACCUCGUGCACGCGCGCGCGCACGUGUCGCUGCAUGUUUUCGCGCGCAAUAUUUAUUUAGAAGGCAAGUAUUGUUUGUUUUCUACGUUUUGAUGUUAUUUUAUGCUUGCAAAGUACUAAUUCAAGCCUAGUGUCACAUCUAAGCGACUUAUUUACAUUGCUAAUGUAUAUUUGAAACCUAUUUAGUUGUAUCAAAAUCAUACGUUACAUUAAUUGCAGAUGUAUGUCGUCUCGGGACUCGUAUGAACGCGAACAAAAAUUACUCCAGGACCUGUUUGAUGCGGCGUCUACUCCUGAGUCAAGUCAAGAACCGUUUGCUGAUGAUGGGGAAUAUGGAUCGGACUUGGACUAUCAACCAACAGCCACAGAUUUCAGUAGUUCUGAAGACGAAACUCAGACCACUCAAAUAAAACACAGGCGACAGAAACAAGCUGCUAUAUCCUCUGGUGAGUCCGAAUCUUCUUCGUCUAGUGAUGAUGAUGACCAAACGUCAUGUUCUGAACCCGAAGAACAGCGUGAGAACAUUGAGGUUGCACAAACUUUGGAUUUAUCUGUAGAUCUAAUACAAGAACCUGUCCCAUUGAUAACAGGUGUGCCUAUGGUUGACGAACAAGAUCCUAAUGUGUCGCAAGAUGUUACUUUUGAGCCAAACCCUAUCAAUGUAACUACUAGGAGGUCAAACACGCCUGUUAUAGAGGAGUCCUGGUGUCAGACGGUUACUGAAAUACCCAAUUUUAAUUUUGAUCAUUCUCAAUGUGGUAUAACCGUUCACGUUGAUGGGAUGAAUAGUGUAAUCGACAUUUUUCACCUCGUAUUCCCUCAAAACUUUAUAGAAUAUCUGGUAAAUUGUACCAACAGUUAUGGAAACGCUCUAUGUAACACUAGUAGACCCCAUACCAGACAUAGCCGCAAAACUGUAUACCGUGAAACCAACUGCGAGGAAGUGAUGAAAUUUCUAGGACUUACCCUUCUUCAAGCUCACGUUAGAUGUCCUAAACAAAGAAAUGUGUUUUCGUUGUCCAAUCCAUUAUAUUAUCACCCAAUUUUUAGCUACAUAUUAUCUGGACGCAGGUAUGAACAAAUUUUGCGAUGUAUCUGUGCAUCAGAAUUAGAUGCAAAGGGUGAAAAUAAGAUCGUGAAGUUCAUUGAUAUGUUGACAGUAAACUUUCGUAAAAUUUACAACGCUGGUGAAGAGCUAUCUCUAGAUGAGUCGUUAGUUCUAUUUCGGGGUCGUUUACACUUCCGUCAAUACAUCAAGUCAAAAAAAGCCCGCUAUGGGAUAAAAUUCUUAGAACUCACAACUUCUGAUGGCUAUGUAUUAAAUGUAAAAAUGUACUCUGGUAAAGAAACCACUGAACAGGACAUGGGUGAGUCUAAAUCUAAGACUGAAAAAGUUGUCAUGAGACUGAUGCGUCCAUAUUUAUUACGCGGGCAUCAUCUAUUCAUGGACAAUUAUUAUAACUCUGUAAAUCUUUCACAAAAAUUGAUAGAUUUAAAAACUCAUUGCACCGGCACCUUGCGGUCAGAUCGUAAAGGAAAUCCUAUAAACAUCACAAAGAAGAAGUUGAAAACAGGUGAGCACAUAUGGGUACGCAAGAACAAGGUGUAUGUGUCAAAGUGGAAGGAUAAACGGCCUGUCCUAAUGAUUACCACUAACAUCGCAUCUUUCGAUAGUGGAAGUGCGGAACCGAUUUGGCAAGACAAGGUUGAAACCGGCAGAAGUGGAACUUUAUAACAGACACAUGUCUGGAGUCGAUCGUUCUGAUCAAAUGGUAUCCUACUACUCAUGUCCCCGGAAAACCAUUAGAUGGUAUAAAAAAGUGCUAUUUCACUUUUUGGAUAUUGGAGUGUGGAAUGCAUAUUUCCUUUUCAAAAAAUAUAAGAAAAACAAUGCUUCCACAUACCAUUACGUAAACUACCGUGAAGGAUUGAUCAAAAUAAUGAUUGGUAUCGGUGAUCGCAAUCUGAAAGGAAUAAACAUCGUCAAUACAAGCAGCAUUUAUGAUAACAGGCGAUUUCGACCCAGUACAUCGACUGCAUUUCAGCCCACGAAAGCCACUGAAUCCGAAAAUAUAAUGAGUGGUCACUGGCCGGAGCAAGUACCAUCUAGACCUGGAACAAAAAAGAAGUUUGCCUUCCUGAAGUGCAAAGUCUGUAAUAAAAAAAAUAUUAGAAAAGAGAGAAGCUAUCGUUGCAAAGGGUGCAUAGAUAAACCUCCUCUAUGCCCCUCUUGUUUCGAAGAAUACCACAAGAAUUUAGCGAAUAUUGAUUAGUAACAUCUUUGUUUUUCAGAUAUAAGAUAACUGAUUGUGAUAAUUCAAAACGAUUUAUGACUGAUUAGAAAUUAUGGUACUUAUUGUUAAUUUUUGAGAAGAAUUAUUUUGAGUUAGUUUAUUUUUAUAAAGUGAUUUAGAUUUUAUGACUCAUUGUGAUAAUUCAUGCCUUUUCACGAUUUAUGACUGAUUAUAGUAUAGUUGUAUUGUUAAUUUCUGAAAAGAUCUUAUGUUUUAUAACUGGUAGCGAUAGUGCCAUUUAAUUAUAAGUAUAUGUGAUUGUGUUGAUCUCAUAAUAAAUUUCAAUAUUUACUGAUUACAGUAUUUUUUUCGAUUUGUGCCUCGGUCGUCCCACAGAGUCUCGUCCCACAUAAAAAAAUCCCCACUUGUCCAAAUUUCUAUGCCUCGCUCGUCCCAAAACUUAAUUUUCAAUAUUUUACUCCCCGCUCGUCCCAAUUCGUAUGCCUGGCUCGUCCCACAUUUUCUUCAUAUGAGUUAAAUUUGAUUUAAUUGUACAGUCAGCCUAAAAACCUGACUGACCAGAAAGAUAAAUAACCUCAUGUUGCGGAAAAUUUGAUGAACUAAUUCAAUCCGAGACUCCACUAUAAUAUAAAUUAUAAAAUUACAAGUUACGCCACCAUGACAGAUUUUUUUCUGAUCAAACUUUAGGUUUAGAUUGAAGACAUUAAUAUAAAGUACACAUAGCCGACCCUAAGUACAAACCUUAUUAUUAACCUCAUUAUUAACCUAGAACAAGUUUUUGAAUGUUUAUAGCUUCGGUAUUUUUGUGCGACCGGAUUAGAGCUUGCUCUCUCGCUCUGUUUUCUUUGUAUUAAUCAAUUGACCAAUGGCGUGGCUUUGCGUUAUCAGCGCAAUCGGAGCAAAUGCGGUUACAAAGUGCAUCUGCUAAUUUUAAAUAUGAGGUGUUUACAUUAAGCGUGGUGUAUUCAUAGAGUGAGGUUCAAUAUUUGUGAAGUUUUAAAGGGUAAGUAAUAAUUAUAAUUAUGUCGAUUUUUUCAUAAUUUGUGAAGUCAUGAUAAAUGAUUUGACUUAUAUCACUAUUGUGGUAAUUAUUUACUUUUAUAUUAGUUGCUGUCUAAGGAUUAUGGUCUUUUAUUAUAUGCAUACUUAACUCUGUGCCUCCUGUGAAAAAGAGUACAUCGCUACUUUUUAGGAGACGCAUAUAAAAUUUUGAAAAAUAUUUUUUUUCCUGUUUCCUAGGUCCUGUCAUGGAGUUCUUUAUCUAUGGCCCUGUUUCACGAAAUCGUCUAGUAUUUUUUUUUAAAUGAGUAAGCCUUUUUCACAUUAACUAGAAAGGGGUUCGAACAUUUUUGUAUGGAACCUGGCACACUAAAAAUCCGCCAUUUUGAAAAAAAGUGAUUUUGGCAUCCAUUUUGUCCAUGAUACUUUUUGUAAUCGAGUCCUUCAAUUCAGCAUUUUGAUGUUGCAUUUCGAUCUUCAUUUUAUCGAAUAGUAUUUGGAAUUGACCUUCCAUUAUAUAUAAUUUGCGUAAAACAGAACGUGAUAGUAGAAUAUGAUAGAUUUUUUUCUUUAGCUGGCAAUAGUGUUGAUAUGACAGAUUGGUUGAGCUAUUAAUGCCAAUGUCAAAAGUCAAUUGUCAAUGUCACUGGAUGAUUGCAGGUGAUCAGAUAUAAAGCCGUGGCUUCUUCAUCCUGAAACAUGGAGCCAGUGGCUUCAUCAUCCCGAGCUGAUCUUCAGACUGGCUGCAGUCAGGCUUCUACAUCCCAAGAGAUAACCUUUAUUGAAUCACAAAGAGGUGUGCCUAUUAUUUUACAUGCCGGUUACGAAUAUACGAAAAAGCGAGAGAACAAAAAUAGCUCAAUCGUCUGGAGAUGUGUGAACAGAAGGUGUCAUGGAGGAAUGGUGACUUCAAAUAAUAAUGUGACGAAAAUUCUUCGUCAUGACAUUUGUACGCCCAGCAUAGCAAGAAAUGACAUCAAAGAAGAAAUACAUCGCUGCAAGCAAGAAGCAAAAUCUUCUGAAGGAAAAUCGAUUCCUUCUGUCUUCAAUUCAAGCAUAAAAAAAUUAUUGGACAAAGGUACUGACAAGAUAGAAAAAUUACCUGAAUUAUCGAAUGUUAAGAACAGCUUGUAUAGUGCUCGAAACAAAGCCCAGCAAAUAAAGAAAGCUACAUUUAAAACGCCGUUUGAAGUAAAAAUUCCAGUAAGUUACAUGAGUUUUGUUUUAUUUGAUUGUGGGUACAGAAAAACAAGGAUAUUAGCUUUCGCUGAUGUAAAUAGUAAAGGACUUCAUCAACACGUGAAACAUUACCUUGCAGAUGGUACAUUUAAGUGUGUAGUGAAACCAUUCAGACAAUUAUAUGUGAUUUACGGUGACCUUGGCAGCACAAGUGAGAAAAUUCACGUCGUGCCCUUAAUAUACAUCUUAUUAAUGGACAAAAAAGAGUCCACAUAUGAGACUGCGUUUGCUCUUAUCAAAUCGCAAUUUCCAGAAUGGCAUCCGAUUUCAUUCAGAACUGAUUAUGAGAAAGCAGCCAUGAACGCAAUCCGUAACAUCUUUCCGGAUGUAAUAUGCAAAGGCUGUUACUUCCAUUUUAGUCAAGCACUUUGGAAGAGAGCAAAGGCGUUAAAAGUUAAAUAAAAAGAGAAUGUUCAAAAAGCAUAUAGCUCUAUGCACAGCGUUAGCUUUGCUACCAUCUGAACUUAAAUGCGAUGGAUGGCUAUAUAUAAUGGAGGAUUGUCCGAAAACUCUCAAUAUUGAGAAAUUCAAUGACUAUUUUGUAUCGGCAUGGCUUGACAACGAAUAUUAUCGAGGCAAAUGGGAUUUUUGGGGGGAUAUCUACAGAACAAAUAACCCAGUGGAAGGCAGUAACGCUAAAUUAAACAGAACAUAUUCGGGAAAGCUAAACAUCAUUAGCUUUUUGAAUGUGAUCAAAAACGACGCUGUUCUUUCUUUAGCUCGCCAAGGUAAACCUCGGCGUGCUGAUGAUAUAGCUCAUGACAAAUAUAUAUUUGAUUCUGUAACGGCAAUGUUGAAUGGCACUAUAUCACUGGGCCAUUGCCUGGAAAAAAUCAGCCCUUUUGUUUAUUAAUGAUAUUAAUGUGUCUAUAUUAAUGAUAAGUUUAAAAAUGUUGAUUUUUUGGAGAUUUAAUUGUUAAAAUACUACUUUCUCAUAAAUAGUAGGUUGAUUAAAAUACUGUGAUUGUAAUUUGAUUGUGAUAUUAGUUACGUAAUAAAGAUUUUUAAAUAUAAAUAUUUCAAUUUAUGUUGAAAUACCACAUUAACAUAAAAACAUAACGUGGUACUUCUAUAAGGUACAUAUAGGUAAAUACAAAUGUGUAUACGGUCUAUAAUUAUUUGACUGUUACUUAUAUACAAAUGUUGAUUUUUUGGAAAUUUAAUUGUUAAAAUACCACUUUUUCAUAAAUAGGAGGUUAAUUAAAAUACUGUGAUUGUGAUUUGAUUGUGAUAUUAGUCACGUAAUAAAGGUUUUUUUAAAUAAGUAGUUCUAAUUAUGUUGAAGUAUCUCAGAUAAAUAUUACAUGUGUAAUACAUAUAUACUUAUACUAGCGACCCGGCCCGGCUUCGCACGGGUGCAAAAUUCGAAAAAAUCAAUAUGUUUAUUUAUCAAAAUAGGAUAUUAUUAUACAUAAAAACCUUCCUCUUGAAUCACUCUACCUAUUACAAAAAACCGCAUCAAAAUCCGUUGCGUAAUUUUAAAAUCUUUAAAAAGCGUACAGACAGACAGAGGGACAGACAAAAAUAGCGACUUUGUUUUAUACUAUGUAGUGAUUUGUCUUAACGUGGUACUUCUAUAAGAUAAAUACAAAUGUGUAUAUUGAUAGGUGUAAUUAAUAGUACCUACUGUGAUUUGGAUUUGAUUGUGAUACUAAAUAAUAAAGAUUUUCCUAAAUUGCAAUAGAUCUUUUAAUUAUUAAAAUUAAAAACAUGCAUCGCGGAUGCAUACCUAGAACUGGAAGUAUUUAAUAUCUUUAUGUUAUUAAAAAAUACUAUUAUUUCAAUUUAUUGGAAGAUAUAAUACCUACAAUAUUUUUUGUCAACUGUACUUUGAAUUUGCCAGGAAUGUGGGACGAGUGGUGACUUUAAAACUCAAGUGGGACGAACGAGGAAUUCUUUGGAAUGUGGGACAAGAUAGUGGGACGACAGAGGCACAAAUCGUUGUUUCUAUUAAAUUUUUAGGAUAAGGAUCAAAUUAUUCAGUUAGAACAAAAAGGGAUUUUGGAGAAAAAGACAAGUAUGCCUUCAGUUUCUAAGGUUCGUUAUUUAUUUGACAAUUGAUUUCCUAGAAUUAGGUAUUAAGUAAUAAAUUACUCAAUAUGUGAACAAAUAGUGAUUCCAUAUCAAAGUAAUAAUUGUAUAUUUUUUCUUAUCCCGUUUUUUUUU